GACAUCUCCAGCUGGGCAAUGCAGCCAUGGCCGGUGGCUUCAUUCCAGCACUCGAGCAAUGCAAGUGUGAGAGGUGUCGCGCUCGUGCUGUCGCAGCUCAAGUCCUGUAGAGAUAUAGGCGAGGCAAGGAAAAUCCAUGCUAGUGUUAUUGACAAUGGUUUGGAAGACGAUCUCUACGUUGCUAGCAGCCUUGUCACCGUCUACUCCAGGUGUGGCAGUCUCGUGGACGCCAGCAAAGUGUUCCACAAGAUGAAGCACCGCGACGCCAUUGCAUGGAAUGCGCUCAUUCGAGCAUAUGCUGUGAGCGGGCAUUUUUCCGAAAGAGCUCUGGAGCUUUUCCUUGCCAUGGAAGCAGAAUGCGUGGCGAAUGGUCGCACUUUCGUCGCGGUUCUUAAGGCCGUCACGAGCCUUGCUGAGGAAGAAGGAGCAAAUCCCUGGAAGAUGACAAGCUUGGAGAGGGGAAUGGCGAUUCACGCUCGAUCUCGAAUGCAAAACCUCGUCUUGAGGGAUUUUUACGUUGGAAGCAGCCUCAUCGACAUGUACUCCAAGUGUGGGAGCAUGCAAGAUGCGAGGCGAGCCUUCGAAGAGAUGGAAACACUCGACGUGGUUUCAUGGAACACACUGAUGCUGGGAUAUGUUGACAACGAUCAAGGUGAGAUUGCUCUGGAGCUGUUUGAGUCCCUCGAGUCCAGCUCUCACGUUUCCUCGUGUGCAGCAUCAAACUCUCGGACUUUCGUUGUAGCGCUGAAAGCUUGCUCAAACCUUGCGAGAAAGGAAGAUGGAUGUGAGCUCGGCGAUGGAGAACUUGUCAAGGUGAAAAGUCUCGAGAAAGGCAUGGCACUGCACUCAGAGGCUGCAAGGAGGAGCUUGGUGGACGCACGCACUGCCUUCGACAACAUUCAAGAGCGUCUCCGGGACUGUGUUUCAUGGAACACUAUGCUUCUCGGGUAUGUUGAAAGUGGUGAAGCCCACUUGGCUCUAGAGUUAUACCAGGAGAUGGUGUCUGGUGAUCUGCAAUGCAGGCCAGAUCUUUGGACGUGCUCCUGUGCACUCAAGGCCUGUGCGAUCCUUCCUUCAUUGCAACUUGGAAAAACGAUCCACCGCGAGAUUCACAGGCGUGGAUUUGAGCCUGACAGUGUCCUGCUCACUUGUUUGCUCGAUCUCUACGGCAAAUGUGGCAACAUGGCUGCCGCUCAGCAUGUUUUCGACUCCACGUCCUUGAAGAGGAACUUGGUAAGCUGGAAUGCGCUACUGGAAGGUUAUAGUCAAAAGGGAGACUCCACACUCGUGUUUGAAGAGUUUUAUCAACUGAUAGAUGCAGGAUUGAAGCCAGACAGUGCAACCUUCUUGUCCAUUCUCGCUGUGUGCAACCACUGCGGCCUCGUCAAGGAGGGGAAGCUUUGGUUGCAGCUCAUGUCUUCCUGGUAUGAAGUCCGGCCAAGCACGGCUCAUUACCAUUGUGUCAUUGAUCUUCUUGCCAGGGCGGAUGAGCUUGACGAGGCCAUGAUCAUGAUGGAAGAGAUGCCUGUCGAAGCUGAUAAUAUAACAUGGAAAAUUCUCUCGCAAACUAGCAAUAAGAUUGAUCACGCACGGACGGAGUGCAAGCACGUCCACUCCAAAGUUCCGGGAAAAAAUGGCAUUGUGUGGAUGAGCUCUCUGGCAUCGUCCAAGUAGCCCGACCUGGCUAGAAGAUCGACUAGACAGCAAUAGUGCUGCCUCGUGGAUUGGAUCCCAAAGUCGCCCGCCAUCGACAGAAAGUAGGA